GUGCUGUGUGCGGCGGGCACGGUGCCGCGCUCCGCGGAUCUUCUGGGCCUCGGUUCCUCCGCGCUGCACUUCGCAGCGUGGCAUGGCAGCGGCCGCGUGGCGGAGGCGCUGCUGGCGCGCGCCGCGCGCGCCGAUGCCCGGGAUGAGCUGCAGAGGACCUCUCUGAUGUUGGCCAGUGAGCGCGGGCAUGUAGAGACGGUACGCCUCUUGCUGCAGUGCCGCGCCCACGGGGAGGUGACAGACCUGCAUGGGCAAACCCCGAUGUCCUUGGCAGCGCGGGCGGGACGAACGAUGAUCGUGCAGCUUUUGCUGGACGCCGUGCACGUGGACUUCGUGCCCUGGCGAGGUGCUCCCACAGCGCUUCACAUAGCGGCCUACCACCGCCACCCCGCAGUGGCCAAGCUCCUGUUGGAGCGCCAGGCCUGUGUUGAGGUGCUGCUGCAGCCAGGAGGUCUGAGCCCGCUCAUGGUGGCUGCGGGUGUGGGCUGCUUGGAGAUCUGCCAGGCGCUCAUCGCCCACUCGGCCGCGGUGAACGCCUCCGAUUCCUCGGGCGCCUCUGCCUGGCACCACGGGGCCAUGAACGGCCAUGAUGAGCUUGGCUUCAUUUCGGCGGUGGUCAAUGUGUCUGAGUUCUCGCAGUACAGGGUAGCAUUUGAGGGGGUUAAGCGCAUUCUGGGUCGGCUGGAGGUGGUGGAGAGGGGCAAGCCGGUGCCUUUGCCUGGGAGCUGGCUGGACAUUCUGCUGUCAGAUGUGGAUGAGUCCGCCAACGACACCAUGGCACCGAUGACUUCCGUCGACACCCGCUGUGGCAAAGGCUCCAGGGCUGCGUGCAAAGCAGGGAGAAGGAAGCACAAUGCCACGCAGGAUCCAAUGAACCCAGCCGUUCUUCGCGACAAGAUUCUGGAUGUCAUGCUGGACAUCGGGGACGUAGAGUUUGUAAUGAAGAGUGGCGGGAACGCCGGUGUGAGCCGAGUUUCCAGGGAGCACAUGGGAGCAGAGUGCUGCACUGAGUGGCAAAUGGCUUCGCAGGCGUUUCAAGCUGUGGUGGACAAGGUUGUUCAGCAACACGUGCUGGAGCUUGCCAAAGUCGAGCACCAAACGCACAUGAUGCUGCAGGCUUUUGCAGAGAAGGAGCGGCAGCAGUCUCCGGAACGGUUUGAGGCUCCCGUUUUGGAGAAAAAGGAUCGGCACCGGUCUGCGGAUCGGCUGGAGGUGGGCCACGUCAGGUCUGUUGCCAGUGUCAGGUCAAACAAAUCUGACAGCGGAGAAUCCAAGGAGUCUAUGAGCCUCGCCAAGAAGUUUCAAAGGCGCUGCAUUGAGGCGCGGCGCAGCCCACGGCACAUCGAAGCAUCGGACAUCUUGGGGCAGAUCGAUGCCAGCGACAACGACGUCGUGAAAUUCUUCAAGUCGCCCGAUGCAACCGUGCAGGAGUUUUUCGCGAUGGAGAAGGAGGUGGCCUCGGCAAGUAACCGAGCAACUUCGACACAGCAAUCCGCCUGGAGCAAGGAGUAUGCCCAGCUACCGACCUAUGCCAAGUUACAGGCAUGGUUGCAAUCUCACAGGUUCGACCUUGUCAUCACGCUAUUGUUGGGCCUCAAUGUGAUUUGGAUGGCUUGUGAGCUGCAGAUUGCUGGCACCUACACUGGACUCGAGGUUGGAGUUCUUUCCAGCUCGUUGGUUCCCACAGACUACAGGGAUGCUGUGAGCCACUUCUUUGAGGUCGGGGAUGUGGUUUUUACAUGCUGCUUUACCCUUGAUGUUGCUGCCCGCGUCAUCAUCCUGAGAACGAAGUUUUGGAGAGUUUGCAUGAACUAUAUCGACUUUGUGGUCACCAUCGCCUCUAUGGUAGAGAUCAUCAUUACCACACCCGUGAAUCCAUUUCUUUUCAGACUGCUACGCAUCGGCAAGCUGUCAAGGGCCUUGCGCCUUGUGACGCUCUCCAACACCCUGCAAUCGCUGGAGCUGCUGACAAAAUGCUUGAUGGCGAGUGUUGACAUGCUCUUCUGGACCUUCUGCCUGCUGGCAUGUGUACAGUGCGUGGCCGGCAUGCUCGUCAGUGGCUUGUGCCGGGAGUUCAUUGAGGACAGCAGCCAAGUCCUUGAACUCAGAGAGGAGGUGUUCAGAUACUAUGGCACGUUUACACGGACAUUUCUCACGAUGUUUGAGAUACUUUUUGCUAACUGGGGUCCUCCUUGCCGCGUGGUUGUGGAGAACAUCAGCGAAUGGUUCUCCAUGUUCUUCUUGCUGUACCGCUGCGUGGUGGGUUUUGCGCUGCUCAACGUGGUGAAUGCGGUCUUCGUGCAGCAGACGAUGAAGACCGCCAGCUCGGAUGAAGAGUUGGCCUUCAAGCAAAAGGAGAGAGAUGUGGCAAUGUAUACCCGGAAGGUCAAAAAGCUCUUCCAGUCCAUGGAUGAAGGCGGCGACGGCGCCUUGAACCUGCAGGAGUUUGCGAAGUUGGCGAACUCGCCGAAGCUGAAGUUCUGGAUGAGUCAGCUAGAGCUAGAGUACCAUGAUUUGCUUAGCCUCUUCGAGUUCCUCGAUAACGGAGAUGGCCAGAUCACCUUGACGGAGUUCAUCGAAGGCGCUGCGCGGCUACGGGGCAGUGCAAAGGCCAUUGAUGUUUGGCGUUUGGAGACGAAGAUGGAGGUGCUCAUGGGUGAGGUCCUGUCCUUGGUCCGAGACGAGAAUGCAGGUGUCUCAAGCACCAUGACUCCAGUCCAGCGGGUGUUUGAGCACUCGCUCUUCAAUCACAUCCACAGCAUUGCAAAGCAGCGGACCAGCGGGCGCAUCUCGCCGCAGGACGCAGAUGAGGAGAUUGCACUACUUGGGCAAUCGGUCACGCUCGGCACGGAGGCCUCGAAUAUUGUGAGCACUGACGUGGACCAGCCGCAAGGGAGCGAGGCGGGGGUACACGCCGUCGUCUGA